UAUUUAUCUACAAGACAGCAGUUCAGUGAACAGCCAACAUCAAUCCUCAGCCAACUGCUCAAUCCCUCUCGAAGAGCUCCCACUGAAACCAACAUCACAAUGCCCCUCCCACAACUCCUAGUCGGUAAAGUCGCCGCCAUCACAGGCGGUUUAACCGGCAUCGGACGGGCCAUCGCUCUGGACUACCUCCGCCACGGCGCCAAAGUAGCCGUCAACCACCUGGGCGGACCGAAAGAAGAAACACUCAUCGAAGCCAUGCGCAACGACGUAUCCUUUAUCACCGGAUCCGACACCGAAAACAGAUUCCUCCUUGUCGCGGGCGAUAUCACACAGCCAGAAACUGGGCGGGAUUUUGUCGCAAAGGCUGUGGAGGCAUUUGGUCGAUUGGAUGUGUUUGUGAGUAAUGCGGGAGUGUGCAAGUUUGAGGAGUUUUUGGAAGUCGACCCUCCCCUCCUCGGCCACACGAUAAACACCAACCUAUCCGGGGCAUUCUGGGCGACGCAGGCAGCAGCACGACAAAUGGCGCUGGCCCAAUCUCCACCCGGCGGGUCGAUUAUCGGAAUCAGUUCGAUCUCGGCGCUUGUUGGGGGUGGACAGCAGACGCAUUAUACGCCUACGAAAGCGGGGGUUCUUAGCCUGAUGCAGUCGUGUGCUGUGGCGUUGGGGAAAUAUGGGAUCAGAUGUAAUGCGCUCCUGCCGGGGACGAUCCGGACUCAGUUGAAUGAUGAGGAUAUGAGUGAUCCGGUGAAGAGGACAUAUAUGGAGGGGAGAAUUCCGUUGGGCCGAUUGGGACAGCCGCCGGAUUUGGCUGGUCCGGCGGUGUUUUUGGCUUGUGAGGCGUUGAGUGGUUAUGUGACCGGGGCGCAGAUACUUGUGGAUGGGGGGCUUUUUGUGAACCUCCAGUAAUUAUGAUGGUGAUGGGUGAUGGACCUGCAUUCUGAUGUGAACAUACUUGGCAAUCGGUGUACAUAUUCUCGCGUGUGAAUGACAUUUAUAUUUCAAUCCCAUAUGCUUUGACUGCAACUCCGCCCCAGACGCCUUCCUUUUGGUCCUGGGAUAGACCUCUCCGCUCCAGGAUACCCUCCACCACACUCUUCCAACGUCUCCAAGCCACUGAAUUACCGCCUCCACCCACAUUACACACCGGCCAGUCAGACCCAAACAUGACUC